AUGCUUACCUAAAUCUAGAAGCAAAAAUUCUUACUUCGAGGGGGUGGUUGCUUAAGUGCAAAAUAUAUUAGACCAAAAAAAAUACGAGCCACCCAUAUAACAACUGAUUUUAAUAAAAGUUUCAUUCACUAUGUUGAGAUGAUAGAGACGGAGGCUUCUGUAGCAGAAUCAAAAAAAAUAAUCACUGCAAUACAAUGGUUUAUAUUUUAGGAAUAAAACAUUUACAAACUUAAUCUGGAUGCUGAGCUCAUAAUAUUUUAUUAUAACUUAAUUUUAGAUGGAAUUAGACGAUUAUUGUAAAGUUGUUCGAUCUACUUCAAAACUGAUAUAUUUAAAUGCUUGUAUUUCUUAUAAGUUACAGCAUAUCUAUCUAAAGUAAUAUUUAGCUUCCACUUACACUAUAAAUUGAGGUAUAUGAUGAAUAGAGAAACAAAAAAUUAAUUAUUAGAAAUUUGUGACAAAACACAAUAGUAUCUGAAAAUAGAAAAAAAUAACUUUAUUCAAAAUUAACUAGAACUAUUUUUAUUUUUAACAAAAACCUCUUUAGAAAUAAUUCCUACUAAUAGGAAUGAGAAGGAGGAAAUGUUAUAAGGAUGUUUACACGAAAUAAUUAGUUUGUUCAUAACAAUGAGCCCAAAAUCUGAAAUACUUUAAGCAUUAUAUCAGGGAGCCUGCCUUUCAUAUUAAAAGCAGGAUAUUCCUCAAAGGAAGAAAGAAUAUGAAGUUUUUUAUUAAUUAGAUAUGUUGUAAUGGGAAGUAAUAGGUUAUUUCUAAGAUAAAGAUAAAUAAUAUGAAAGAAUUCUUGAAGAUAUAAUUUCAGAGAUUGAGGCAAUAUAUGAGAAAUUAAUGAAAAGUUCAAAAAAUUGGUAGGAUCAUUAUUUCUGGAUUUCAAUGAUAAAUAAAAUUUUAAUAAAUAAUCCUUAUUUGACAACAAAAAGAUUUGGAGAGCUGAAUAACCCAUUCAAUAUUGGGUUGAACGAUGAUAAUAAAAGUGGAUUAAUAAUUGAAGACUAUGUAGAAUCAAAUCAACAAAUACCAUUAAGGUUAUUGGAUAUAUUGUAUCAAAAGUAUAAGGAUUUUUUAAAUAAUGAUGAGUGGAAGAUUAAAUAGGGACUUAUUUUUAAUAUAAUUUAUAUUUCAUCAUGUAGCUUUACAGACGCAAUCAUCUCAUUUUAUUAAAAUAUUCUUAUUUAAUUCUGGGUUUUCGAAAAAGAUUAAAGAGUUAGAAGUUUAUUAAAAAAUUCACACUUAAUUAGCUUUUAAAAGAAGAUGUUUUAGGACAAUUGUUAAACUAAACAGGAAAGUUUAGCAAGAGAAAUAUAAUAAGUUCUAAAGAAAAUUGAUGAAUUGUAAGAAUCAACAUUUUAUAAGGCUAAUUUAAAAGAAAUGGAUGAAAUUAUUAUGUAAUUAGAUGAAUAUAUUAAAAAUAUCAGUGAAAUGUGUGAAUAGCUGGGAUUGACGACUGAUUUUGCAAAUCCUUUUAAAAAAUGUGUUUUAAUACUAGAGGGAAAAAGAAAUUAAAUGAGAGAGGAAUCUGUUAGAUAGUUACUUGAAAUUAGAAAAUUAAAAGUCUUUAAAGAAGCAGCAAAAAACACCGCCACUUCUAUCUAUGUACCAUUAAAAACUAAAGAGAGAUGUAAAAAUCAACUCAAUAAUUUGGUGAAUUUAGAACAACUUGAUGAUAAAUUUGGUGAAGUGAAUCAGUUUUUACACGAAGAUAAAACCGUAUUGCUUAUUCAUGGUAUGGCUGGAUCAGGCAAAAGUAGAGCAGCCAAAAAAAUCGAAGAGUUUAUUUGGAAAUUAAAUGAUAAUAAUACAAAAAUUCAGAAUUACAAGCUGAUACCUGUUUAUAUUUCAUUAGCUUCUUUAAAAAACCCUAUUUUUUAAGCUGUAGAGGAAGCUCUUCAUUAAGAUGAUUAUGGUUUUGAUGAUCUUUAAUUAAAAAAGUGUUAAGAAAUGUUGCAAAAAUAAGAAUUUCGAUUUGUAUUGAUUAUGGACAGCUAUGAUGAGUUGAAAUAAGAGAACAUGGAGAAAAAUUUAUACAUAACUAAUAAACUUAAAUAGAACUGGUCAAACCCAUUGGUUAUUUUUACCACAAGAAGUGAAAUUUUGACAAGUAUUCAUUAUAGAAAUUGGUUUGCACCAAUGGAAAACAACAACAUUAAAGAAAUCAAGCUAUUAAAAUUUGAUAAGGAAUAACAAAAAGAAUAUCUUAAAUAAUUUGUCAUUUAAAGUAUAAAAUUGCUGAUUUUCGAAUUAUGGGAAUCAUAGAUAAAUAUUGACCAAAUAGAGGAUAUCAAUAGGCUUGAACUUUUUUGGGAAAAAUUAUAGUCAUUGUUGAAAUUUGAUAUUUUUAAGAUGAAUUCAGCAAGUCUUUUGGAUUAGUAAUAAAUCGAAAAAAUUAUAUUAUUCUCUAAGGAUAAUGAAUUUAAAGCUUUACAAAGAGAAGAGGAUCAAAGAAAUCUGAGUCUAAAAUUACACAAAUUAUGGAGUGUUGAAAUGUACUAGAAAAUGAUGAGGUAAGCAAAUUUAACUAAAUUGGUGUAAACUCCUAAAAUGAUGGAGAUAGUAGUUUAAGUAUUACCCUAGAUGAUGGAUGAAGUAACUAAUAAAAAUAACAUGAAAUAAAAUUUUGUUAAGAAUUUCUCACUUAUGUUGAAAGAGUUCUUAAAAAGUUAAUACAUGUUUCAUAUGUAUAAAUAGUAAUAGAAUACGCAUUUGAUGGGGUUAGAAAAUGAAAUUGAAUAAAGAUAUAAAACUGAAACUGUUAAUGAUUAAUAUGAUGUAUUGGAAAUUACUCCNAUCUGUUAGAUAGUUACUUGAAAUUAGAAAAUUAAAAGUCUUUAAAGAAGCAGCAAAAAACACCGCCACUUCUAUCUAUGUACCAUUAAAAACUAAAGAGAGAUGUAAAAAUCAACUCAAUAAUUUGGUGAAUUUAGAACAACUUGAUGAUAAAUUUGGUGAAGUGAAUCAGUUUUUACACGAAGAUAAAACCGUAUUGCUUAUUCAUGGUAUGGCUGGAUCAGGCAAAAGUAGAGCAGCCAAAAAAAUCGAAGAGUUUAUUUGGAAAUUAAAUGAUAAUAAUACAAAAAUUCAGAAUUACAAGCUGAUACCUGUUUAUAUUUCAUUAGCUUCUUUAAAAAACCCUAUUUUUUAAGCUGUAGAGGAAGCUCUUCAUUAAGAUGAUUAUGGUUUUGAUGAUCUUUAAUUAAAAAAGUGUUAAGAAAUGUUGCAAAAAUAAGAAUUUCGAUUUGUAUUGAUUAUGGACAGCUAUGAUGAGUUGAAAUAAGAGAACAUGGAGAAAAAUUUAUACAUAACUAAUAAACUUAAAUAGAACUGGUCAAACCCAUUGGUUAUUUUUACCACAAGAAGUGAAAUUUUGACAAGUAUUCAUUAUAGAAAUUGGUUUGCACCAAUGGAAAACAACAACAUUAAAGAAAUCAAGCUAUUAAAAUUUGAUAAGGAAUAACAAAAAGAAUAUCUUAAAUAAUUUGUCAUUUAAAGUAUAAAAUUGCUGAUUUUCGAAUUAUGGGAAUCAUAGAUAAAUAUUGACCAAAUAGAGGAUAUCAAUAGGCUUGAACUUUUUUGGGAAAAAUUAUAGUCAUUGUUGAAAUUUGAUAUUUUUAAGAUGAAUUCAGCAAGUCUUUUGGAUUAGUAAUAAAUCGAAAAAAUUAUAUUAUUCUCUAAGGAUAAUGAAUUUAAAGCUUUACAAAGAGAAGAGGAUCAAAGAAAUCUGAGUCUAAAAUUACACAAAUUAUGGAGUGUUGAAAUGUACUAGAAAAUGAUGAGGUAAGCAAAUUUAACUAAAUUGGUGUAAACUCCUAAAAUGAUGGAGAUAGUAGUUUAAGUAUUACCCUAGAUGAUGGAUGAAGUAACUAAUAAAAAUAACAUGAAAUAAAAUUUUGUUAAGAAUUUCUCACUUAUGUUGAAAGAGUUCUUAAAAAGUUAAUACAUGUUUCAUAUGUAUAAAUAGUAAUAGAAUACGCAUUUGAUGGGGUUAGAAAAUGAAAUUGAAUAAAGAUAUAAAACUGAAACUGUUAAUGAUUAAUAUGAUGUAUUGGAAAUUACUCCAAAUGAUCUGUAAUACUUGGAAACAAUUGAAUACAAUUUAGUUGCUUGUGACAUUUGGAAUUGUUUAGAAAAAAAUUCAAUUCUAAUUCAAAUCACUGAAGAAUUUGAUCGGAUGUAUAAUACCCUGUAAUUAAUAUUAGAACCCAAUCUCCCAAAAUUGAUAUGUAACAAAGUAUAAAUUCAAAAUGAAAACAUAAUCUAAAUUGUUUAUGAUGCAUUAAAAGAAUACAAUCUUACAAUUUAUGAUUUUUAUUUGGAAUUUAUCAAUUAUUUCCAUUUGAAAUAAUUCCAAAAAAAGAUUAGCUUUAGAAAAGGUAUGAAUAUUGAAGUUUUUCUGAUUGAUUUAUUUUAAUACUCAACUUAACUUGCAAAAAAAAUGAGUAAGAAUUAAGCGACUUAAGUUCAAUAUAAAUAAUAAGAACUAAAUUAGGACCAAAGAACAGAAGAAGAAUGGUUAAAUUAAUUUUUUAAUGAUAAUGAUGAAAAUGGAUUUUAUAAAAAAGAAAUAAGAAGUUGUUCUCUUGUUUAAUAAAAUGGUGCUUGCUUUUUUUUUGUUCAUAAAUCUAUAUAAGAGUUCUUAAUUGCAGCUGAUUUAUAUCAAGUUUUAAGUGAAUCCAAAGCUCUCAAUAUCCCUAUAUUAAAAACUAUAAUUGAAGUUUUGUCCUAAGAAAAUGGUUCAGAAUAGAAUUGCUUAGAAUUUCUAUCAUCUAUAUUUUAAAAAUAUUGCAACCAUAAUAAAAAUUCUUUGGAGAAUCUAUCACAAUUUGAUUCACAACAAAAUAUUGAUAAUUGGUAAAAGACUCUUAAAUCAAUUACUUAGUUGAUCAAUCAGAUAAAAAAUCAUGAUAUAAAUUCUAUUAAUUAUUCAACAGAAAUUUAUGCUGCAUCAAGAUAUUUUCUUAUUAAUAAAAUUUCUUAAGAGGUUGGGAUUAUAGAAUUUUUUAAAUUCAUGGUUCAUCUCACUAAAAUAGAUAAUAAGUUUAUAAUAAGUGGAUCUAACUUACUAAAUAUAUUGGUCGAAAUGAAGGCUGAUCUAACUAACUAAAAUUUUGGAAAUAUAAGAAUUUAAAAUACUUCUUUAUUUGGAUGUAAUUUUGCAAAAUCUAAUUUAUCAAAAUCUAAAUUUGAUAAUGUAAAUAUCAAUGGAAUUAACUUAAGUGGAGCUUAAUUGUUUGAUUGUAAUUGGAAAUACUUAAAAAUAGAUGAUUUAUAUUUUUAGGAUGGUCAUGGUCAUGAUGAUCAUGUUUAUUCAGUGGGCUUCUCUCCGGAUGGAACUAAAUUAGCAUCCGGUAGUGGAGAUAAGUCUAUUCGUUUAUGGGAUGUCAAAACAGGAUAAUAAAAGGCCUAAUUUGAUGAUCAUUAUGAUCAUGUUCGAUCAGUUUGCUUCUCUCCUGAUGGAACUAUAUUAGCUUCUGGUAGUGAUGAUAAAUCUGCUCGUUUGUGGGAUGUCAAAACAGGAUAAGUAAAAUUUAUAUUAGAUGGACAUUUUAAUUCAGUCUACUCAGUAUGCUUUUCUCCUGAUGGAACUACUUUAGCGUCUGGCAGUAUUGAUAAGUCAAUCCGUUUAUGGGAUAUCAAAACAGGAUAAUAAAAAGUUAAAUUGGAUGGUCAUAGCUAUGGAAUCUACUCAGUUUGCUUCUCUCCAAAUGGUAAUAUUUUAGCUUCUGGUAGUAGUGAUAAGUCUAUUCGUUUAUGGUAUGUUAAAACAGGUUAAGAAAAAGCCAAGUUGGAUGGUCACAGUUAUUAUGUUAACUCAGUAUGUUUCUCUCCUGAUUGCACUACUUUAGCCUCUGGUAGUAGUGAUAAGUCUAUUCGUUUAUGGGAUGUCAAGACAGGAUAAGUAAAAUUUAUAUUGAAUGGACAUUGUGAUUCAAUCUGUUCAGUAUGCUUUUCUCCUGAUGGAACUACUUUAUUAUCUGGUAGUAAGGAUAAGUCUAUUCGUGUUUGGUGUGUUAAGAAAAUUUAACCAGCUCAAAAGAGUUGUGAAGAUUUAUUAGCUUUGAAAACGUUGAUAUCACAACCUAAUAUUCUUUCAGGUAUUUAUUGUUAAUUAUUAAGCAGAAAACUAUUCUAUUCUUAUUAUUUCUCAAUAGGUAGCAUUGGAAGUAUAAGGAGCAUUAAUCUUAAAUGGAGAGUUUACUGAUCAUUAAGGGAAAGACUUAAGGUCAUUAUUAAAUUCUAAUGGAAGUAUUAUUUUGGAUAGCUGA